GAAUUAUCAUAAUCGUCUCUAAUGAUAACGAUAAUUCUAUUUGUUAUCGAAGUUAUUUCGUUUAGAUAGCGCAAUUAGGCUAUCGAAUGCGCGUGUGAUAUGUUAAUUUGUUCAAAAGAAAAUAUAUAAAAUGAUUAUCUUCCUACUAUUCCUCAGUGUAUUUUCGCCAUCAUGGGCGAAGGAGCCCAGGCUCGUAGAAAUGUCCCUGGGAAUAGACAUGAAACCCCCUGAGGAGUUCAGCAGACUGCCUGCCAGGAACGUUAACACAGCAUGGACAACUAUGCCACUAGACCAUUUCGAUCAUCAGAACCCUACCAAUUUCUCUAUGAGGUUCAUGUUUAACGAACAAUUCUUUGGUGGCGACGGCUAUCCUAUAUUUAUCCUGGUCGGUGGAGAAUGGGACAUACUUCCUGGCUGGUUAAUGGCUGGAAACAUGUUUGAGAUGGCGAGAGAGAACAAGGGGUAUCAAGUUUACACGGAACAUCGCUAUUACGGAGCAUCUAAAAUCUUUGCGAACUUCACAGCGGAAAACUUACGAUUCCUCAACAUUGACCAAGCGCUGGCUGACCUCGCGUACUUCAUCACGGACAUGAAGAAGCAGCCGCGGUUCGCAGAUAGCAAGGUUAUACUGUACGGAGGCUCAUACGCUGCCAACAUGGUCAUGUGGUUCAAAAUGCGCUACCCGCACUUGGUGGUGGGCACGGUCGCCUCUAGUGGCCCUAUCCUGGCGAAAGUUGAUUUCUUUGAAUAUCUGGAAGUGGUACAUGAAGCUUUCUGGUUGGAGGGUGGAGAACAGUGCAUAGCUCACAUUCGACAAGGCAUCGAGGAAACAGUAGCUUCGAUGCAGACUGAAGAGGGCAGGCGCCGCUUGGAGCAAGCUUAUAGAUUGUGUGAACCAUUGAACUACGACAAUGUGUACGAUCUGGGUCAAUUUUCGGGGCUCAUAAGCUGGACGUUCUCUACAUCUGUACAACAAGCAUUCCCCGGGUCGCUAAUUUCAAUUUGCAAUAAUUUUAACGAUAACACUUAUGGAUCGACUCCAAUGGAAAAAAUCGGCGGUUACAUAGCCAGAAUUCGGAAUUUGAGUAGCAACUCGUGUUGGCAAAUUAAUUAUCAAAGUUUCCUUGAUAGCUACAUGCUUCCUACAAAUUCUCGUGCCUGGUACUAUCAAACUUGCACCGAAUACGGUUUCUAUCAGACGGCGCCAACAUCGGGCACAGUGUUCGACGGUCUCAAGUGGCUUAGUUUGGAUUUCUAUGUCGAUAUUUGCAAAAAGAUUUUCGAUGAAAGAUUCGACGAAGCUUUCGUGAAAGCCGGAGCUGAUAGAGUCAAUUUAGUUUUCGGUGCCCUCGCGCCUGAAGUAAAGAAUACUAUAAACAUUCAUGGUUACAUCGACCCAUGGCGGGCACUCGGCGUAUACAAAGAAGAUGUUUCCGAUACAUCACCUACUUAUACCGUAGACAGGGCAUCUCAUUGCUUUGACAUGCGAGCUUGGUCUUCAUCAGACACAAUUGCGAUGACAGCAGUACAGCAAAGAGCUAGAAGAAUUGUAACUUCCUGGCUCUCUUAGAUACCUUUGUUUCAAAAAACGCUCUAUGCAAUAAAUUACCUGCAUGCUGUA